CGUAGCGCGCGCGUUUCGCACUUCGCAUCGCCGCAGCGAGUGAUGACACUAGGUGGACAGUAAACACAAAAACAAAAAUACCCUGCUGGACGUUUCCGAAAUGGAAGUCUUCCAGUAUUACGAGCUGUCGAGUCUUAAUGACAGCGUGACAGAUGGCGCCGACAACACGAGCCUGCUACAAGUGAGCAUCAUCGUCGCAGCUAACGUGAGCGGCGACGCGGACGCACUUGCCGCCAACGACUCAGACGCUCUCAGCAGAGCCAGCAGCAGCGCAAGCAGUAGCAGUAGCCUGUACGAGGUUCCAGUGGACAUCGUCGUGCUGCUGUCAUUCUGCUACGGACUGGUCUCUUUCGUCGCCAUACUGGGAAACGUGCUCGUCUUGUGGAUCGUGGCGUCGUCGCGGCGCAUGCAAACCAUCACUAACCUGUUCAUCGCCAAUCUGGCCGUUGCCGACGUCAUCAUCGGCGUCUUCUCGAUCCCGUUCCAGUUUCAGGCCGCACUGUUGCAGCGCUGGGCGCUUCCGUACUUCAUGUGCGCCUUCUGCCCCUACGUCCAGGUGGUCUCGGUGAACGUGUCCGUGUUCACCCUCACGGCCAUCGCGGUCGAGCGUUACCGGGCCAUCACGUCGCCGCUCAAGGCGCGCUUCUGCUCCAAGGCUACGGCCAAGCUGCUCGUGCUCAUCAUCUGGCUCUCGUCGCUGGUCGUGGCGAGCCCCAACGCACUCGCCCUGCGCGUCGUUCUCGUCGUCGACAAGCUCAGCGGCCUGCGCGAGCGGCCUUUUUGCGUGAACGCAGGUAUGCGGCCACUCACAUGGAAGGCCUAUAACCACGCGCUGGUCUGCGUUCAGUACUUCCUACCCCUGGGCGUCAUCUGCUACACGUAUGGAAGGAUCUGGAAGAAGCUCCGUCAGUCCAAGGCGCCCGGUAACAUGGAGACCGUGCGCGACGCCAACAUCGUACGCAAUAAAAACAAGGUGAUAAAGAUGAUGGUUAUCGUGGUCGUCACUUUCGCCCUGUGCUGGCUACCCUACCAGACGUACAACCUUCUCGCCGAGAUUUACCCCGCCAUAAACUCGUAUCGUUAUAUCAACGUCAUCUGGUUCUGCAUGCACUGGCUGGCCAUGAGCAACUCCUGCUACAAUCCCUUCAUCUACGCCAUUUACAGCGAAAAAUUCAGCGCAGAGUUCAAGGCGAGGAUGUCCUGCUGCCUGAAGAGAAAGUUCGAAGACAGCGCGUUCAUGGCUUCGUCGAUCAUCAGCCAGGUUUCAUUCCGGAUCAAGUACUAGAUGUGUCUAUCGCGCGUCCACAUUGUCCCGUUUUAUCACACGCCAUCCCCUUCGUGAACGAAAAUAAUAAAUGAAUGCCCAUCUAUUCGUGUUUUUCGCAGGCCCCUUUGUUAUGAUAUGUCAUACGACCACGUAACUAGCGCGGAAGUGAGUACCUUCUUCCGCACCCCUCCCUAUUUAUUUAUUUCGUGUUACGUUCAAUAAACCAUUGUGAUGGUUUCACUGAUUGUCUCAG